UGCAACGAAAUUUCGUUCUGUAUACACCCUGUGCAUGCAAAAUGACAAUAAAGUCAGUCUAAGUCUAAGUCUAAGUUUAAGUCUAAAUAUGCUUCGAUAGUACCACUAGUGUCCUUUGGCAAUAAUCAGAUGCAAUAUUUUAAAAAGUCCUAAAACAUUAAAUUUGACCAAGUACCAAACAAUACUAAAGUUAUUUUGGAGGAUUCAGAUUUAACCACACCAUUUAACUCCUUUUAUGCAAUGCGCUUCAUGUUUUGUUGCAUAUUGUAGCUCUGGUCAACUGGUUUAUGAAGUUAAGUAAAUAUGUCUUUAGAUUAAAACAGAAUAUAUUGGUAAUAAAUUGCACAUGUAGUUUAUACAAACAUUUCAUUCUAUAACUUAGUUUAAACUAAUACACUUACCUGGAGUUACAGUCGUAUCACUUUCCUGUUGCUCUGCUUUGUUUUGUUCAAGCAGAAUGUGUCAGUCAGAUAAUAAUCAAGAUGUUGCUUCAUGGAAGGGUUGGACUUCCAGUUCAUCCUGCCCAGUAAAGGUGUAUAUAUAAAUAUCUACCUGAAACACCUGCCUCUCAGUUCCUGAUUCUUUUCCUCUGCACAACCUGCAGGACCUGUUCCAGCAAUGGGGGAAUCUUACAUCAUAAGCAUAGACUUUGGAACAACAUACAGUGGAUAUGCCUUCAGUUUGACAUCCAGAGAAGAAGAAGUAAACCCUCAUGUGAAGUUUUGGGGUGAAGAAGUUGGACUAGAAACCCCAAAGACUCCAACCUGCAUCCUGUUUGAUGAACAUCAACAGUUUGUCAGCUUUGGAUAUGAAGUCAAACAGACUUAUUUAAGGAACUCAGGCAAACAAUCCAGAGCAAAGUUCUUCUUUGAUUGUUUUAAGAUGUCACUCUAUGGCAAAAAAGUCACCACAGAUCUCACAAUUAAAGCAGCCAAUGGGAGGGAAAUGAAGGCUCUGAAGGUUUUUGCAGAAGCUUUAAGAUUCCUGAAAGAUGACGCUCUGAAGACCAUUCAACAAAACACUGAAGGAAAGAAGUUCACAGCCUCUGACUUCACCUGGGUUCUGACGGUUCCUGCAAUCUGGGAUCAUUCAGCCAAACAGUUCAUGAGAGAAGCUGCAACUCAGGCAGGAAUUGUGACAGAGGGAACUGAAAAUAAUCUGGUGUUUGCUCUGGAACCAGAAGCAGCUUCAGUCUACUGUAAGAAACUACCAUCAGAGGGUUUCAUAGCAGAAAACGGGGGUGAAAGCAAACUGAACCAAUCUCCAGGAACUCAGUACAUCAUUGUUGACUGUGGAGGAGGAACCAUUGACAUCACUGUUCAUGAAGUCCUUGAAGGAGGAUUUCUGAAAGAGCUGCACAAAGCCUCUGGGAACGAUAUGGGAGGACAAACUGUGGACAGAAAAUUUAAAGAGUUCCUCAGAGACACAUUCUCUCCUGAAAUCUGGGAUGAGUAUGAAGAAAAGUAUCCCAGUGAGGUUAGAAGAAUUAUGUAUGAGUUCACACUUUUCAAGAGAAAAGAUGAAGAUAUGGAAAUAAUCUGUCCACUGAAUCUAGGAAUGAUGGCUCAGAAAAAACAGGACAUGGAAGAAUACUUUAAACGAGUACAAGGAGCAUCUUAUGAUGAUGGAGUAAUCAAAAUAUCAAAACAGAAACUGAGAUCUUUUUUUGAAGAGAGUCUGUGGAGCAUCACUAAGAGUCUAAGAGAAAUCUUUUACAAAACCCGCAGCAUUAAAUACAUUCUGUUGGUGGGAGGUUUUGCUGAAAGUCAGUAUCUACGGAGACACAUUACUGAUGAGUUUAUUGACAACUGCAAAGUUCUGUGUCCUUUUAGGCCCCAAGAAGCCAUUUUGAAAGGAGCCGUAGAGUUUGGAAGAAACCAAGGUGCAGUGGCAUCAAGAAAAAGUGCCUAUACUUAUGGAGUACAUCUGUCAGAGGAGUUUAAGAAGUCGAAGCACAGGGAGGACAAGCAAUACAAAAACAAAGAUAGCAUCUUCUGUGGUGAUCUUUUUGGCAAACUGGUUGAAAUUGGUGAGGAUGUUCACUGGAAUGAAACCAGAAAGUUCACAGUAUAUCCUUUAGAAAGAGACCAAACAAAAAUAAUUAUUGGAUUUUAUCGCACAAAGAAAAAAAAUCCCAUGUAUGUGGAUGAGGCAAAUGUGGAAAAAAUUGGCUCAUUUGUUGUUGAGUCACCGGACACAUCACUUGGACUGAACCGUCAGAUUGAUCUAGAGAUAAAGUUUGGCUUCACAGAACUGAUGGUAACAGGCACUGACAGGGAGUCAGGCUUUGUAAGCACAGUGAGCCUAAACUUUAUGACAAAUUAAUUUUGCUUACAGAAAAUAAAAAACACUGUAACUUUUAAGCCAUGAAAUAACAACUUCCUGAACUGAUUAUUCCAUCUUAGUUUAACUUUGCCCAUAUUUCCCAAGAAAACGACAUGCAUCCAAGAAACCUCUUUAAUACAGAAACUAAAUGAAGUCCAGUUCAUUUUCCAUUCGGUGUGUAGGCAAAAUAAAUGCAAUAUACAAUAAAUCUCUUAGUUUGUUCUGCUAUGCUUUAUAAAUGCACAUUGUUGAGUGUCAUUAACAUUAAAAUGCAUGAGAAAGCAAAAAGAUGCAAAAUGCACACUAAUGUGAAGAAUAUAAGGAUAUCAUGCCAUGAUGUCAUAAUCCAUGACCUGUGAAUAUUCAGAAACCAUAAAAGUUAUUUCACAUUUGAUCACUGUUUAAGAAUCUGUGAAUAUAGGGCGUGAAUAUAGUGGCGUAGGGGAUGGCGCGACCCAUGUUUGGAGGCCUUGAGUCCUCGAUGCGGACAUCGUGGGUUCGAUUCCUGGAUCCAGUGAUCUUUGCCGCAUGUCUUCCACAUAUCUUUUGGAGGUUUGGAUACGCACUGAACAUUGCAUGGCAGCUCAUAUUACCAGUGAAGCGCGACCUACCACAGUCACCAGCGACACCCCAACAGCAAUUUUGCUUUCUUUUUGUCCAUAUAAAGAAUGACUCCUACAUACAUUGUAAAAAUAUAUUACUGAAAGAAAAAAAUCACAACUUUAUAAUUAAAUUGUGUGUUUUUGUUAAUACAAUAACAUAGAAAUCAUUAUUUAAAAAGAAAAAAAAAAUCAGUUCAACUUAGGGCGCCCCCAAGUGGCCCUGGGAUCCAAAGCAGCCGCUUGCUAAUGUACCUGCUUAGUUUACCUGGGGUGGCACUGCAUUGAGGUGUCAUAAUCCCAUGGAGCUGGAGUUUUCUUGCAACAUUUUUGGUUUCAUUCUUCUUCUUUUGUCCUGUUUUGUUGGGUUAUGUCUCCAAAUUUCUUGUGGUGAACUCUGGUUGAGUCAUUUUCUGUAAACUCCCAGCUCAUCCAAUCAUUCAUGCCUUCUAGUUCAGUCUGUCCCUUGUAAGAUCUUUUCUUGCCAUGCCAGUUCUUAAUUGAUUCUGAUUGUACAUGUUGGCUGUUCAUAUUCUAAUUUCAUGUCUCCUGCUGUUUACAUUUUCACUUUUUUAAAAUAUAUUUUUACUACAAAAAUAGUGUACUGUCCUCUUUCCUAGAUUUGGGUCCUUCUCCACACAGGGACAUAAUACUUAGACUCAGACAAAGGUUAAAACACUGACAAAGGGUAGUUUCACACUGUAGCCAAAUAUUGCACAAAUCUGUUUUUAUAUAAAAUCCUAUAUCUCACAAAGUGUUUUUAAGUAGGUCCAGGGCCACUUUCAUAUGCCAUGUCACAUUUUGUCUGACUUUUGCAUCUGCGUUAAUAAUCACACUUGUGUUUUCUGUCCCUUGUUGCAUUUUGUGUACAAUCAUCAGCACAUCAUUUCAGAAAUGCCACUUUCAAACACUUUGGAAAUCCAGUUGACAUACUUUGACAUAACCUUAAACAUUAUGUUAACCUUAAACCUUAUGUUUAAGGUUUGUCAACCCUCUGACUGAAAGAAAUCAGUUCUACAAAGAGGGAGCUGGGAUUCCACCACUGUGAUGCAAAGGUGAAGUAGAUAUUACCAGUUACCAUAAAGACAUAGUUGUUGCCGCUAAGAGUAUCAAAGCCAGUUAUUCUGUUCAGGGCAAUUCCUUUUCUACAUAGGGCCAGUUUGGCUCUUUUGUAACACUUUUUUUUGUUUGUUUGUUUUAGUGCAACAGGGAAAUAUUAUAUUGUAAAGUAUCAAUUCUACGUCAAAGGGCCAAUUUGGUUCUGACAAAUUUUUAUCUUUUUUUCUCAAAAGCACUUGAACAUAUAAGGGAAAAAACUGGAAUGAGACUUGAAAUCUGCCAGUUGCCAAACUAGUAAUAUUUACAUGAAGCCUCUGGCCUUUUUAGAUUUUCAAGUUUACAAUAUACCGUAUAGGAGAUUUUCUUGCGUUCUGCUCCUAUUUGUGAUAGUUAAAUAUCGUCUGUGAAGAAAAACUGGUAAUAUAUCUGAUAAUAGUGACAAUAGAAACACUGAUCUUUUGACCGUUGCGUUUCUGAUAUAAACUUUAAAAGUAAAAGUAACAUGUCUUAUUCUGUUAAAUCAUUUACAGGUUCCCAGCAGACCUUAUCUCUGUUACUGUAAGCAAGCAGAUAAAAUGUUUACGAUGCAACACAUAGCAGUUUCUGUAAAUGUUGUUGUGCCAUUAAAAUAUCACAUGGCUGCAAUGAAACUAGCUAACACUAAAAUACUAAAACAGAUAUGAAAUGAAUGAUAUAAAAUAUUAUUUUCUAGCAGAUGUUUUGCCUUGAAUAUAAUUGUGAACAAAGUGUAGGUAUUAUCUCUCCAGACACACUUGACAACUGGAAGUCACAAUUAUGUGGUAAAAAAAAGAAAAAAAAAAUCUUCCAGUAAGUGUGUUAAAACACCUGACAUGUCCUUCCCCAAUUAGACCAUUCUAUUUGAUGUCCUAUCAAUUAGGACAUCAAAUAUAAACAUUAUAAAUAUUAUUUACAUGUUGUUUUCAUCUCAAUGUUUACAGAUUGUUAUUUUGUCUGGGCUUUAAAAUUUAUCAAAUGUGUAGAGAGUAUGAUGACACAGCAUUAUUAGAAUCAACCUGAUUACUGGUACGAUCAGGUACUAAUCGUACCCAACUGGGGUUGGGUUUUUACCAAGCCCAGUUCAACUAGUUGACCAUUGUCCUAUCUGCUAUAGACUUACUUCUUUUUGAUUAUACUAUCUGGUGGUGCUACACAUUUUUAUGAGUUCCUCGGUUAUUGUGCAACAUAAACAACCCCAUCAUCUUGGCUUUCUUAUCAAGUUUCUGAACAACAACCCUAAAUGACUCACAGUGGGAGUUCGUUUAGUCAGUUCUGGAGAAAGUUAGGAAGACGUAUCAGAUGCUGAAC